AUGAAAAAGGAUUUGGAAAAUUACUGUUUGCAGAAGGGAUCCGAAUCCCUCCAUAAAAGCAUUGUUUUUCCUACUGCACACGAUUUCAAUAACCAGCACGCCAUAACUAUAAACAUCGGCCUUCUCGGUAAGCUGCACAAACUCAUAAACCAGAAGGCUUUCAGGGCCUUCGAUACUGCAGCCCAGAAGCUUCGCGAGAGCCUCCUCCUCCUUGGCCUAACUUUCGCGAAUCAUCGAAAUAAUUGGUUGCCUUCUCCAGGACUGCAUAAGUACCGAAAAUACAAAGCAUACAAAAAGCCAUCACAGGCAAACCGCGUUUGGCUCAAACUCACCUGUAUCAUCGUCCUUGCCGGACGAAUUAGAGAAGAACCUCACGGUAGAAUAUCUCAAGUAGCAGCCGGCGUUCAUAGCUCGACCUUCCCUGCUCGGCAAACACCCUCUGACCUCUCUAUUCGCCUUUGCCAAACACGCCCUACACCCUUCCCUGCUAACAUUAUUCCAACACUCGGCCAAUCCAAACACUCCCCGGCUCCCCAUCACCGCAUAACCCCCGUUCGCCACCGCCCUUGCCGUCAGAUUAUCAACCAACGCCCCAACAUUUUCCCCAAAUUCCAAAUCGACCCCACCCGCCGCCACCCCCAGCGAGGUAUUGCAGUUAACGCCGUCAAGGACGGCGUCCACGCUCUCGCUGUAAAAUUCGUACCUAUCGUAGCGGAGGAAACACCCGUCCAGGAAGAUCCGGCCGGAGGCGGCGGGGACGCAGCGGGGGAUGCUCGUGCGAGUGGCGGCGAAGCACUGGAGGCAGUCGUCGCGGGACAGGUCGCGGUGGCACUGGAAGUAGGUGUAGAUGGAGAUGCUGGUGGAGUUGACGGCGUAUUGGCCCCACUCGUCGGCCGUCACCCGCAGCCCGAGGCCCUCCAUGGCGCUCGUGAACAGUGGGACGUAGCUGGCGUUCGGCGGCACCUGGGUCUGGCCGCAGAUGAAAACCGCUUCGGAGAUUCUCGGGUCGGGCAGCCCGAAGGGCAUAAAUCGGGCCGCGAGGAGGAUGAAGAAGGGGAUCCAUGCUGGGUUUGGGGGGUUUAUUGA